ACAACGCAGCGCUGCGAGUGCAGAAACAAGCGUGUGGCCGUGUGGCCAAGGUUUGUUUGACAAUGAGAUUCCAGACGUAAAUUUCGAGGUUAGGUAAGGUACAUGCCGCGAGCUUUUAAGGGUCGCGAAUCAAUCGAAAGGAAAAGAAGCCGGCAAGGACACAUGGUGCAUGUGGAGACAAAGUUAAAUUCUGUGAAAACGUGCGGAAAAAGCGUCGCGUCGUCGUCUCGUGCGGACACGCGAAUGCGUUGCGGUUAGAAAACGCGCGUCUUUAACGUCACCGCAGGGAUGGAGCGGUUCAACAUGCAGGUCUUUCUCGAGCUGAAGUCGUGCUGCGACAAUCUGAUAAAGGAUCCGAGUAUAGAUCACGCACGCAGAAUCGCGGAGGUAGCUGAAAAUAUCCCCGACAAAACCCUGCAAGAUCUGUCCGCGUACUGUCUGUUUCCCAUCAUCGCCAACCUGCAAGGCAAUUCAAGUACGAGCGUGAAAGAGGAGCUGAUAAGGACACUGAGAGUUUUAAUACGAAAGACUAAAAUUACAAAACUGAAACUCUUCUUCGACAUCUAUGGAUCUCUGUUGAUCCAGAUUUUUGACAAGAAUCAGCCGAAUCAGGUGAUCUUGUUUCACGAGGAGCUCAAGGAGGCGGUAGCUUUGUGUAUUAAAGAUCUUGUCCAUCAAUGUGUUACCGAUGUGACAGAAUCACUUUAUACCAAGGAAAAUGUAUUGAAACUUGGCCAAGCAAUAUUUUUAUGUCUGACAAUAGCAAGGACUGAAAAGUCAUAUUCUGUGAGAUUAGCUGGAAUAGAUGCGGUAAUGGCUUUGUGCCAUAUCGAUGACGAGACUGAUAAAUCCGACAUCAUUAUGCAAGAUCAAGUGGCAAACACCAUCAUGGCAUUUUUCCCUGGUAUUGUCAGCGGACUACAGGAAAUUGCAAUGGCAGGCGAAGUACAAAAUCAUAUACUUACAAUGAUAGCAGUUCGAGCGUGGGGUAGAAUCAUAUCUCUUGUAGUCCAUGAUAAAGAUGAAGAAGACACUGAAGAAGACAUAUUGUCUAUAGAAACACUUGUGAAAAAAGGUUGCAGUGUAUCCACUGACGCAUCACAUAGUGCUAAACAGAAUGGGAAAUGUGACAUAGAAAAUAAUUUAAAAGGAGCUACAAGAAAUAAAGUAUGGUUUGAAGCCGUUGCUGUUAAGCUUGGCGCUUGUAUACAACUGUUAGACCAAAUUAGGAGCCAUUCGCAUUACAAAGUUAAGAGAGAACUGGUUGAAAGUAUCGGGCUUAUACUUGCAAAUUGCCGCAGGAAUAUGAAACCAAACAAUAUGCCAUUAAUAGAUCAUCUGAUUUCCCUGUCUGAAGACGAAUCCCCAGAAGUUAGUGAAAAAGCGCACAAUAUUUUGCAAGCAAUAAGCGAAAACUACAUGCAAAAUUGCGAUACGAAAUCACUGAUUGAUUCAUUGGAAGAUAAGUUUUACAGCUUACUUACAAGACUGCCCACAAUUAUCAGACGAUCAGAUGACAACGAACAAUUGGCAUACUUGAAUCAAUUCGCCGGCUAUUUAAGAUUAUUUGGAAAGCAAAGACUGCCUCAUAUUAUGAGGUCCCAGGCGCAUAUGCAAAGAUUGCUUUUAGCUCUUGUGUACAUUAUGGUCAUAGAUUGCAACAACGUGUCUCUUCUACAGACAGCAAAUGUGAAAAAUUUAGAUGAUCCUGCAUAUUUCUACGGAUCGGAUUUGUGGAGGCAGUUUAAGUUUAUUAAAAAUAACUUAUGUAAGAAGAAACUUGUUACAAUAUGCAAGCUACUUGGAGAAUUUGGGGAUCUUAGGAUACUAAUUGACACUAUUUUCGAACUUAUGGUGGAUGCACCACAACACAGGAAGGAACUGAGUUUACUACUUAACUGGAUCUUAGAUAAUACAGUUUCUAUAAAAGAUUCGUCUUCUUCAUAUUUAUAUAAGGAAAUCAUAGAUUUUUACACAACGCAGGAAGUAUGGUACUUGCCUACAGAAGUAACUGAAGAUACUCCUCUGGUGCAGGCACAGAGCAAUAUAGUGCAGUGCUGUCUUUUGACAGAAGGACUAGGCCUCAUAGCACAAAAUUUACAACACGGCUAUGAUAGAUAUCUUUUAAAAACUUUGUAUUUAAUUAUUGAAAGGGCAGGCAGUGGAAACGAUUUAAUCAGUUACAUCGGAGUACGUACUCUCGAAAAUGUCGCGGAGGCGCAACAACAUAAGACGAUCGGUGAUCUGCUGCGUGCCAACGUAGAUUACUUUUCUUAUCACAUUAUAAUGAAAUUACGCCAAGUGGAUCGCAAUCCUGGCGUAUUCGACGUUAUCAAAGUCGUUAUGAAGUAUAGCAGAUUAGAUUUUUUGCCGUACCUAAAGGGAAUUGUAGAGGAUGUACUUGGGCAACUAAAUACUCCUCAUCACCAAAAAGAUACCUGUUCGUUCCUGAAGAUAUUUCACACGUUCAUCAUAUGUAUAAAAACGUUAGUAAACUGGGAUGGUACAAAGGCAACAAGAGAGGAAGAUGCGAAAGCUACAAAUAAUUCUUCGGAGACGAUAAUUCUUUCUUUGUUAGAAUAUUAUAAUGCAAAGAAGAUUGAUGAAAAAAUUGAGGCUAACAUUGAAGAGAUAGAAUCGGACACAAAUAUACCGGAUACUGAGCUACUGGAAGAAACGAGUGAGGAUUACUCAGAUCCCAGUGCAGAAGGCGAGCAAGAAAAAAAGUUACCAACCCAUAUCAAGAUAAUUAUAGAAGUUAUGAAGCGUUGUACACACUUUCUAUCCUCGAAGGAUGUACAAAAAUCGCUGAUGGCAAUGCGAACGCUUCAAGAGGGUCUACCGAUUCUAAUCGAGUGGGAGAAUCAAUUACUGCCUAUUGUGCAUCAGUUGUGGCAUCCGCUGACCAAUAGAUUUAACGAUGAAAAUGUUCUCAUAAUUAACCAUGCGUGGCAACUCUUGCACGUACUCGCCGAAGUAUCGAAUGACUUUAUCAGAAGCAGGACUCUACGAGAAGUAUUGCCAUCUGUAUCCAAGUUUCUGACCGAGGCUUCCAAGGAAAGUAUUGAUAAGAGCUCAGUAAAUGUUUACAAAUUUACACAAACUUACAAAUCUCAGUACGAGUUGUUAUCUACAUUGGGAAUAAUCGCGCGACUCUUGAAACUGUGCGAGCACGAGUUAUGGCAAAUAUUAAGUAAUACACAAUCAUACCUUAGUGCACGUCAACACACCGCAUUACAGGCGUGCUGUGUGAAAUUGUACAAAGAUAUUGCUGAUUAUAAUGAGGAUAUUGCAUGGGUGAAGUGUCUCAGUAUCUGGAAUGUAAAAAUUGCACGGAUAGUACCUGAUGCAAAAUUUGAUAUGAAAAAUCUGUUGAUCCCAGAUGAUGCUCUGCCAAAUGAAUAUUACAGAAAUGUAAAUGAAAUCAUUACAUAUAUCCAACAGAAGAAUAUCCAUUGUUGAAUACAUUAAAAAUAUAUAAAAAGUAAUUAAAAAAUUGUAAUAGGAGCCUUAAAAUGUGAUAAACAAAUAGUAUAGAUAAAGCAAAACCUCUUUAAACGACGUGCUAUUCAAUUACAAAAUAAAGGCGCAUGAACAAGGCGCAUAAGAUAUUAGUCACGUAAAAAGUAGAGAUUGUUACUUAUUCAAAUAUUUAUAGAUUUAUCCAUGUCAACCAUCCAUGUGUGACAGAAAUUUUUAUUUGUAUAUAAUUCUAACAUUUUAUAAUUAUAUUUCCACAUUUUACAAUAACU